GCUUUAUCUGUUUGGCCUCACCUCUCCUUCACCACCUCCUCUGAUCUGACUAUAUUAAAACCUCUCGACUAAUCAUCCCUCAAUGUGGCAAUCUCUUCCCUUCUUCUCAUCAUCAAAAUAUGCCAACAAAAAGGGUCCCUUACUGGAAAGACAAGCCGGUGUUGGUAUCGGUUUAUGUGGAGAUGCCGAAGAGAAGACCACCUCCGUUAACUCAUCACCACCACCACUAUCAUGUUCAUCAUACCGUCGAGCGAGAGGCCGUUUCUCCGAGGGGUAGUGCUGAUGGCAAAGGCUAUACUACCAGUAGGAGAGCUGAGCUCCUUCAGUACUCUCAACGCCUUCGCCAAUCCGCAAGAACGGCUCCAGCAUCAUUGUCACCAUCCACACCCAUUCUUCCAGAUUCAAACCACACUAGCAAUCCACAACCUCACGCUCAGAUUGUCACUUUCCCAACAAAGCCGAAGAAUCCAAAAGCUCCAACCUGCUUUGGCAACUGCAGAUCACCAACCAUAUUUGGACCUCUUACAAGUUUCCACGCUAAGAAAGAGAGGAAGACAAGAAAGAAACGUGCCUACAAUGCCAGCAAAAAAAUAAAAGCUGCUAUCAAAACCUUGAAGGUGCAAAAGCAACAGGCCUUUUUCUGCAAGUUGUUCCCAUCAUCAGCAAAGCGAAAGUGAAACUGUAACAACCUAUGUGAUUUUGUAUCAUACACUCCUAAAUUUUAUAAAAAUAUAUAUGCUUCUGUUAACCAGAAUGUUGC